AUUUCAUCCCACCUAAUCUUUAAUCUCUCUCUUUCUCUCUCAUUAAUUAUAAUUCUAAUCUUCAUUUAAAUGUGACAAUUGGUAUACUAAUUGUGUUUUACUCUAAUUAUGUGUAUUGAUUGGGCUCUUUCAUUGUGCUUCUCACCAGCAUAGAGACAGAGAAAGAGAGUUAUCUCUAAUUAUAUUUGAUCUUCUCCAUUGUUUACCUUUAUCCUUUAACAAAAGACUAAUUAAAUUGCCGUUAACUUUUUCAACUCUUAAGCAAUCAACUAAUCGACUAAUAGCCACAGCUAUUAUAAGUGUCUAUUGCUUAAUUUCUUCAAAUAAUCCAAUAAUUGUUCCCAAUUAAUUAGUUUUCGCUUUCUUAGAUUGAUGAUUAAACUUGACUAAUUUUAGCUUUUUCUCAAUCUCAAGUCAUCAGUAUUUCUUAAUAAUUUUAUUCAAGAUGAAAUCUUUUAUCAACAUAUCAACAAUUUACCUUUUCUUAUUCAUUCUUACCCUAACAGCGUCUAUAUUUUGUAACAAUCAGAAUUCAGAUCAAUCUGAUGAUGAUGUUUACCUUCUUGGUGUUGGUAUCGCCGAUGUUACUGGACCAGCCGCCGAAGUAAAUAUGAUGGGCUACGCAAAGUUGGGUCAAGAUUCGGGUGGAAUUCAUUUUCGUCUCUUCUCUCGAGCUUUUAUCGUUGAAGAUUCUUCGGGAAAUCGAGUUGUUUUUGUUUCCGCUGAUGUUUGUAUGAUCGAUCAAGCAGUUAAAACUCAAGUUGUCGCUCGAUUACAAGAAAAAUAUGGCGAUCUUUACAAUAUCGAUAAUGUCCUAAUCUCAGGAACUCACACUCAUUCUGGACCUGGAGGUUUCCUGCAAUAUUUACUCUAUACGAUAACAGCCCAAGGUUUCAAUUGGCAAUCAUUCAACGCUGUUGUCGAUGGUAUUGUUCGUAGUAUUCAAAGAGCACAUUCUUGUAUACGAAAGGGUCACAUCUAUUAUAAUCAAGGAUUACUCUUCAAUGCUUCAAUUAACAGAUCACCUUCCGCUUACCUGAAUAAUAGUGAAGAGGAAAGAAAAAAUUAUCCCCAUGAUACUGACAAAGAAAUGCAUUUGCUUAAAUUUGUUGAUACCAAAGAAAGACCCUUAGGAUUGAUAACCUGGUUCGCCGUUCAUCCAACCUCAAUGAAUAACACCAAUAGCCUUAUCUCCGGUGAUAAUAAAGGUUAUGCAUCUUUAUUAACUGAAUCACAUAUCAAUAAUGCUCUUAAUGAAAGUGAAAUUAAUCUACCUGGACAUGGGCCAUUUGUCGCCGCUUUUGCUGCAACCAACCUGGGUGAUGUGUCUCCCAAUAUAAAAGGUCCCCAUUGUGCAGAUACUGGUCUUCCUUGUGAUAUUCAAACCUCAACCUGUGGAGGUAAAAAUGGUAAUUGUUUCGCUGUUGGUCCAGGUAAAGAUAUGUUUGAAUCGACAGCAAUUAUCGGUGAAAGGCAAUAUGAGAAAGCAAUUGAACUAUUUGAAGGUGCAAGUGAAAAGGUCUCUGGACCAGUGAAAUUUGUCCAUCAACAUGUCGACAUGACUUCCAUUGAGAUUGAACAACCUGAUGGUACAAUAGCUCGAACCUGUAAACCUGCAAUGGGCUAUAGUUUUGCCGCAGGUACAAUCGAUGGACCUGGUGCAUUUGAUUUCAAACAAGGUACAACUACAUCGAAUCUUUUCUGGAAUUUGGUUCGGGAUUUCAUCAGUAAACCAAGUCAAGAUCUAAUUGACUGUCAUCAACCCAAGCCAAUCCUACUCGCCACAGGUCAAAUGAACUUCCCUUACCCUUGGCAGCCAAGUAUUGUACCUCUUCAGAUUAUUCAGAUCGGUAAUAUCGUUAUUACUGGUGCACCCGGUGAGUUUACCACAAUGUCAGGGAGACGAUUACGAUCAAAAAUUGGUCAAAUUUUAAAUCAAUCAAAUGAAAAUAUUAUCCGUGAUGAUGAAAAUGAAAUCAGAUAUCAUGUUAUUUUAGCUGGACUCAGUAAUGCUUAUUCAUCAUACGUCGCAACUCCCGAAGAGUAUCAAGUUCAACGGUACGAAGGAGCUUCAACAAUUUAUGGUCCUCACACUUUGGACGCUUAUUUAUUGAAAUUUGGUUUAUUAGCUCAGAAUUUGGUUGACGGAACUACACCCGAACCUGGUCCUGAACCACCUAACCUCUUGAAUCGUCAAAUCAGCCUUAGACCGGGAGUUGUUUUCGACUCAACUCCACCAGGUAAACACUUCGGUGACUGUAUCCUCCAACCAGCUGAUGUCUAUACUCCAGGUUCAACUGUAGUUGUACGUUUUGCCAGUGGUCAUCCAAGAAACGAUCUAAUGACAGAAAAAAGUUUCCUAACUGUAGAAAAAUUAAUCGACGAAAAAAACAACACCUUCCAAGUUAUAUCAACCGAUUCAAGUCUGGAUACCAAAUUCUUCUGGAAAAGAACCAACAGUAUUUUAGGUCAUUCUGAGGCCAUUAUUUCAUGGGAAAUACCGUUAGACGUUAAACCAGGUACUUAUCGAAUAAGACACUUUGGGUCUUCCAAAAACUUUUUACAAUCAAUCAAAUCUUAUUCUGGUCAAACAGAACUUUUCAAGGUUAACGACAAAUUGUGAAAUGAUAAAAUUCAAUUAUUAUCAUUGUAAUUCGUUGAUAAUAUAACAAUUAUACCGAUAAAGUAAUUUAUUUCGUUGGAACGUUAAACAGAUAAACAAAGAGAGAGAAAAAAUCAACAGAUAUUUAAUUAUGUUUGCUAAUCAAAAGCAUUGAUAAUUUAAUCAUUGCAACUUGUCAAUACCCUUCCGUGUAAUUAGAAUGUUUCUUAAUCACAUUAAUUGUUAAUCACUUUACCCCGUUUUACCCAUCAAUCUAUUUCCUUUACAAAUCUUUAACGACUAAUCCUCUCAUUCAUUACAACUAAUCCAAUUCCUCUGUUAUUGCAAUACAAUUAUUUGAUAAAUUGUUUUUUUUUCUUGUCAAAUUAAAUUUAUAUAUACAACAGAUAAAUAAAAUUUAUCGCAAUCAAAAAAAUCAAAGUAAAACAUAAACAAAAUUA